AACAGCGGGGCCACUACGCAGCCAGACUGCGGACCGUCAGGAUUCAGGUCCAAGUUUUCGCGCCGAGCUUCGACCGCGCAACGUGCACACCACGCUGCCAGCGACACGAGGAUCGAGCCAACGUGAUCUAGAACGAGCAGUCCAAGCAGCGAUCGAUCAUCUUGGAUCACCGAUCUUGGGAUUCGUUAAAGAGUGCGUCGAGUCUGAUCGAUCCUGUUCCACGAGGGGUUCGAUCCGAGUCCACAGUGAAAAGGAUACAGGAGCGAGGAAUAGAAACCUUCCUGGACCUCAUCAGACGGGAUGUGAAAGAUAGAGGAACGACUUUGAGUGGAGGAAGUUUGUGAAAUACGCCGGUGGUAGGCGAGUGUGUGAGUUCGAAAGUGAUCAGGGAAUCAUAGCGCAGAGGUGCGUGCGCCGUUCAGUCGGCACGUGGACGCACCAAAGGAACACGUUAUAUAUAGACACAUCGCGAAUCCUGACUAUUCGUCGAUUGUUACGGUGUGGUGAAUUUAUUGAAACCGGUGACGCGUUCUAAACGCAAUGGAAUAAGUGUCCAUCGCCAGUCGUCUAACCACUACGUGCAGAAACUACUGUGCGUUGUCGCGAUCGAUUAGCCGACCCGUGGCUUCAUUAAGCCGGAUCUCUACGGACACUGCUAGCGUAGACGUUCUUCGAGUGACUUAUUUUAGACCUAGUGAACUCCGUUCAGUGAAUUAUAGCGGGCCCAGGCUUUACACGUAUGAUCGAAGACUGUCGAAAAUAUAUUAUCAGGAGAGCCACGUGCGGGAGGCACUAAACGUGGCAGGUGCUACGGACAGGUGGCUCGAGUUAAUUGCACGGCAAUAAACGUAGACAUUCUGCGAAAGAUUGAUCAACGGGCAAACUCUGAAACGUCCGUGUGUUGUGCGUGUCUAGAGUGUAUCCAAGGAAGGAGCCGCGUAUCAUUACGUUUUCUAACGACUACGCGUCGCACUGGCGAUGCAGUAAUAAAACUGACGACGACACAAGGACUCAGACUCUAACAAACUCCUAAUUAUCGCCGCGGGUAAUUGCGACACGCACGUGACUGCCGUUGUGUUCUUCGACGUGGAAUCGCGCGCGAUAAGCACGGUCGCCGCACACCGUCUGACAAAUAGAAUAAUUAAAAUCACAUUAAAGGAACGCUCGUCCGCGCACUUUGUGCUCGUUCCAUCUUUGUGUUACAUGAUCAUCUUCGAAGGGAACUGACUUACAAACCUCACAACGUUUUUCACUUAAGAAUCAUUACAAGAGGAUUGCGAUUGUUUUAGUAAAAUACAAGACGUUUGAGUUAUCAAUCGAGUUUCUGAUAAAAAAAAGAAAAAAAAAUAGUUCUAUAAUAAAAUCAAAGGUGGUACUUCUGAAGUAGUAUUCCUUCCGGGUUAGUUGGAACGAUCGACGAAUCGAGUCGACGUAUUAUCGGGCUGUGAGCUAUUAACUGUUUGCUUCUUAAUCGCUCCUAAUUACUCACAAUUACCCGGCGUAAUUAAGUAGGCUGAUGUCACCGGCGGUCGAUGUAUUUGUGAAUCGUUUGUCCGUCGACGUCGGUCCACCGUCGCCAUCCGGACUGUUAUCUGUCGUCGCUGGUCGUUGGAAAAUUACCGGAGGAUCGUGAAAAAGAAAAAGAGGAGGCGACGAAAAGGUGCUCUCGAGGAAAGUCAUCGAUCGAAUCAGAAAGCCGGAGGAAUUGCGGUCGAAUCCGUUGGUGUUCCAGUCGAGGGAAGUUUUAUUCAGAGGCGAUAAAAUUUGUCAGACUGGGGAAGCGCGGCAAGAAGAUUUUCAGUUCGUUCGAGCAGGUGGUAUCGGGGUGAAUAAAUAGAACCAAGCAGUCGAGAGAAUCUACGUCAGGACGACGUCCCACGUACAACAAUCACAGGUCGUCUCAGAUUACGAGUCCCCGGGAUGCAAGGCUGACAUGGCAGAGGGUUCGGCCGAGGAGGAACAGAGCAGUACCGCUGCGCCCGCUUCCCCGCCAGCUGAUCUUCGCACUCUGAACACCCAAUUGUCGCCGCCUUAUCACCACCAGUCCCAUCUCCAACCUCGUCUUCAGCAUCUGCAGCAUCCCAACAUGUUGGCGACCGCCGUGCCGCCCAGGCACAGCCACAGUAUGCUGUCUCAUCAGGUGAAAACGGAAGCCGAGUUGGACGCGCCCUGCGACGUGCCAUUGAAUCUGAAGAGCGAGCGUUGGUGGGCGGAUUUACGAGCACGACCGGCGUCGGCAUCAUCCACCGACAGCGACAGGAGUAGCGUUGGCAGCCCUGAACCGGUGGCGGCCGCGACCGGCUCGCUCCAUGAGCAUCAGAUGAUGAUGGAUGAGAUGAAGAACUCGCGGAAGAAUAGUCCGUCACCUGAAAAUUUGCAUCAGGCGAAGCGUGCGGCCGUGGCGCAAGCGCAUCUUAAUGGGACGAUGGCAGGUAUGGUGACCCUACAGAAUCUUCAGAACCUAGCGAAUCUACAAAACCUACCGCAAGUCGCGUCGCUAGCUGCGGGUCUCCAGGGAAUGACAGCGGGAUUGACUAACAAUCAGCUCAUCAACACGCCCCUGAAUCUCACUGUCAGCUCCUCCGGUGGCACAGUACCAACAGCCUCGAACACGACAGCUGCCCCUCAUCUUCUGCCGCCGAGUUCGACGCCAAUGGCGACAUUACCUCAGCUAUUAUCUCAGCCGCAACCGGUCGCGAUGCCUCAAUUCAUCCUAACGUCCGGUCAAUUGGUUCAAGGCAUUCAAGGGGCUCAGCUUCUUAUCCCUACAUCGCAAGGAAUCGCUACACAAACUAUUCUCACUAUACCUGUCAGCCACGUCACGAAUAAUCAGAUGGUGAACUUGGCACUCAGCAACGGCCAGGUCGUGUCUACUACCCUGGCGAAUCUUCAAUCCAUCGCUCAGCCACAGAAUAUGCUGAACACGCCGACCAGCAACGGUGAAUUUACAGUUCCAACAAGUCCCAGCUUAGCAUCAGGAUUAGGGUUAAGUCCCGCUGCCUUGCCUCACCUUCUAAGCAACAGUUCGGCCAGCCAGCAACUUCUGAGCGCGAUGCAGCCUCAGCAACUACUUCAGGCCGCGCAGGCGGCUCAGGCACAGGCUGCACAGGCGGUCCAGGUCGCUCAGGCUUCUCAACAACCGCUUCUAACAACAUCUCCUCAACACCACGGUCAUCGACACAGCUCCCACAUAAAUCAUUAUACGCCGACGGAGAAGCAUCAUAGAGAGAGACCCGAGCAAUCGUCGCCUUUGAACGAGUCUGUGGUAUCCGCAGCCUCGGCUCUGAACAGACUGGCGGCUAGCAAUGGGGAAAUUACGAUCACGACCACGCACGGACCCAGCGGAGCCGGAGUGAAGCCCUCACCGAGCAGCAUGCACAACGCCAAAAAAGAAGAGGAGGAUCUCAAUGAUUCACCUAAUCAGCCGACGAUCAACGAAGCCACGAACAACGUAGUCGAUGGCAUCAAUCUGGACGAGAUCAAGGAGUUCGCAAAGGUGUUCAAGUUUCGCAGAUUGUCGCUGGGUCUGACGCAGACCCAGGUAGGACAGGCCCUGAGUGUGACAGAGGGGCCAGCUUACAGCCAAAGUGCCAUAUGCAGUGCCCUGGCUACCCAGAUGUACGCUGCCUCGCAGAUUGCCUCUCAGCAGCAAGCUACAUUCGAAAAGUUGGACAUUACGCCAAAGAGCGCGCAGAAGAUAAAACCGGUCCUUGAAAGGUGGAUGAAAGAGGCUGAAGAGAGGCACAAGAGCGGGCUACAUCAGCUGACAGAUUUCAUCGGCGUGGAAACGAACAAGAAACGAAAGCGACGAACUUCGUUCACUCCACAGGCUUUGGAACUGCUGAACGCUCACUUCGAUAGAAAUACUCAUCCUAAUGGCAACGAAAUUACGAACUUGGCGCAACGCCUCGGAUACGACAGAGAAGUGAUCAGGAUUUGGUUCUGUAACAAGAGGCAAUCCCUAAAGAACGCGGUGAGACUGAUGUCGAAGGACGUUGUGUAAAAGUGCUAGGAUAAGAUUGGUCGCGAACGGAACCAGUGAACAAGAAUAAUUAAAAAAGAAAUGAAGAAGCUUUAAGGACUCGAAUUUUACGUUGCACGGAUUAAUUCCACGAGAUUCGAAUCGCGUUUACGUUCAUCGGUCGCUUUGCAUCAACCCAAGGAUGGAUCGAUGAGAUUUUGCGCGUGAAUUGGGGAUUUCGACAACGGAGAUCACAGAAGAAUGGAAAAAAGGGUUCACCGAAUCUCGCGUUAAUAAUAUAAUUCCGACAAAUCUGCGCGCCCGAAGGAAUCGCUUUAAAAAGUCAUGUUUCUCGGCGACAACCGGUGAAUCAUGAAGUUUUAAAGGCGCGCUCUCGACGAUCGAUGUAAAGAUCAUUGUGAUUGCAGGCGUAUACGAGACCUAUAUGUAAAUAGUUUUAAACCUACGAUUAAUGUGAUGUACAGGAGUCGAGCGUUUAACGUUGAUAAUUGCCUUAACCGCCAUCGUCUUAUCCGAUAAAUGUUAAACGAAGAAAGAAGGAAAUGAAAUCGAUAAAAAAUUGUAAGAUUUCAUUACAGAUGAAAAGAAUGCAGUUUUAUUAUCGAUAGUCGAUAAAGAAACGGCUGAUGGUAAUAUACAUACUGAUAAAUGGUACACAAAAUGUUAUCGAUUGAUGGUAAAACAUAAAAUUGACACCUCGUAAGUUUCUAGAAAUAUAAUAGAAGAAAAUUCUUGAUAAAUAUUCGGUUAUAGAACUCGUGUACCAUUUGUCACGGGGCAGAACGCGAUAAGACGUAAAUCAAACAACAAUUAUCAAGUCGCGUCUCGGCUCGUGAAACUAGGAUAAGUAAAUUCCAUUAAGUAAUCGCACAGAUAACGCUAGUUCGUGAAACGAUCGAGAAGCUUCCAGCUACUAAGAAUCGUCUGUCAUUAAGAAACCAACAGACGAAGCACAAAACGAGGAUCGUGCAGAAGAUAUGAUCGAAAUCUUCUAAAUCGUUCCAAAAGAUAGAAUGAUAUUUUCUGUACGAAAUCCCAUCGAGAACCACGAGACCGAGGAACAAACCAGUGUGUUCGGUCCUCUUGCACACAGGAAGGAACAUAGUUGAAGCAACGAGAACAGCAACAGUAACAGGAUACCAAUAAUAACAAACAGCCAACAACAGUACCGUCACAUUCACAUGCCAUACACAGCGGGAUACAAUUCAGUUUGACCACACAGGAAAUAGCAACGGAAAAGUUUUGACAGUACCGCCGCUAUCGUUUAUGACGAUCCAUCAUCCAACUCUUUUUAUUUUCAUUCUUACCGGUAAAACAACCACUCGUUUACAGGCUUCGUUAGGGAAGAAAAAAUGAUAAAAAAUGUUUCAACCAUAUUGUUCUCUGGGUGUGCUCGUCUGUAAAUUAUACUCGUGUAUUUAGGCAAAAAAAAAAGAAAA